GACGUAUUUUACAUAGUGCCGUGAAAAGGUCUAACUUUUGCAAGGUAUGUAAGAAGUGAUAAAAUUGAACAGUUAUUCUCAUUCGGCGCUAUUCUAGUCGAAGUCGAUGGGAAAAAUAAUGUCAGAAAGUGAUGUGCCGCCUGGAGGCACCACGUCGACGACAUUGCUGGCAGACGAAGCAGAUUAUGUAGAUCUCGGCGCAAAAAGCAAACCUACCUCCGGGUGUGACUCUGUACUUUGUAAAAUUUUGAUUUUCUACUUGAAGAAUGCACAACGAACUGGUCUACCAAAUUAUGCUCCUUUAUCCCACUAGCCCCCUGGAGAGGUUCCCCAGGGAGAGGAGUCGAAGGGAAGACGAGACACUCGCUAGAGGGUGAACGUAGAGGGCACGCAAAGAAGUGCGCUAACUUUCAAAAUACUUUCAAAAUUCAUGUCCUAACUUUCAAAAUUCAUGUCCUAACUUUCAAAAUUCAUGUCCUAACUUUCAAAAUUCAUGUCCUAACUUUCAAAAUUCAUGUCCUAACUUUCAAAAUUCAUGUCCUAACUUUCAAAAUUCAUGUCCUAACUUUCAAAAUUCAUGUCCUAACUUUCAAAAUUCAUGUCCUAACUUUCAAAAUUCAUGUCCUAACUUUCAAAAUUCAUGUCCUAACUUUCAAAAUUCAUGUCCUAACUUUCAAAAUUCAUGUCCUAACUUUCAAAAUUCAUGUCCUAACUUUCAAAAUUCAUGUCCUAACUUUCAAAAUUCAUGUCCUAACUUUCAAAAUUCAUGUCCUAACUUUCAAAAUUCAUGUCCUAACUUUCAAAAUUCAUGUCCUAACUUUCAAAAUUCAUGUCCUAACUUUCAAAAUUCAUGUCCUAACUUUCAAAAUUCAUGUCCUAACUUUCAAAAUUCAUGUCCUAACUUUCAAAAUUCAUGUCCUAACUUUCAAAAUUCAUGUCCUAACUUUCAAAAUUCAUGUCCUAACUUUCAAAAUUCAUGUCCUAACUUUCAAAAUUCAUGUCCUAACUUUCAAAAUUCAUGUCCUAACUUUCAAAAUUCAUGUCCUAACUUUCAAAAUUCAUGUCCUAACUUUCAGAAUUCUUGUCUCAACUUUCAAAAUUCAUGUCCGAACUUUCAAAAUUCAUGUCCUAACUUUCAAAAUUCAUGUCCUGACUUUCAAAAUUCAUGUCCUAACUUUCAAAAUUCAUGGCCUAACUAUCAAAAUUCAUGUCCUAACUUCGAAGGUUAGGGCCCAAAACGUAAGCGCCUAACUCAAAACGUAAAUUCAAAAUGUAAAUUCAAAAUUCAAAAUGUAAAUUCAAAAUUCAAAAUGUAAGUUCAAAAUGUAAAUUCAAAAUAUAAAAAGAAAAAUCAAAAUUCAAAAUGUAAAUUCAAAAUUCAAAAUGAGAAUUCAAAAUCAAAAAAGAAAAAUCAAAAUCAAAAAAGAGAAAUCAAAAUCAAAAAAGAGAAAUCAAAAUCAAAAAUGAGAAAUCAAAAUCAAAAAUAAGAAAAGAAAACCAAGGCAAAACUUUAUAAGUAAAUAGAUUGUUAGUGUGAUUAUUUCACCAAAACUCUGAUCUCCUUGCUGAUCACGGAGGCAGGAGACGGAGAAAAUGUUGGAUUCACGGACUUCUUGGAAAAUAUUUUUCAGGCCGACGUUCCGGAGGGAGCCUUGGAUUCAGGAGGCAAAAGCUCCAAGCAUAGCAGCUCUCCGGGUUCUGCCAGAAGUCCUCGUGCGGCCGCGAAUCAGGGGGUGGAAGAGGAUUCUGGACAAAAUGGAGAUGCUACCUUGCCUGCAGAUGAAGAUUUAAGGGUUGAAAGACUUGUCUUGCCAUUACAACUACAAUCUUCGAAACACCACUAGAAUUCCUUUUCCUGUAACCACUUUUUAAUGUACAGCAAGGGUUGUCUCGUCGAGGUCUUUGGAGUGCUGUAUGCCUUUUUCGAGGAGAUUAAUCAUUGUUAGUUCGGUUUCUAAAGCAUGACGACGAAACAAAUGAAGACGAUGAGCAAGACGCGCCCACUAUUGGCAUGUCCAAUCUCAUGUUUGAUGAGGAAGAGCGAAAGCAGCAAUAUGGCUUUGACGUGUUAUCUUCUACAUCUUUAUUUGAAAUGAGAGGACCAUCUACAACUUGGACAGAUGAACUCUAGCUUUUUCACACGUUGAAAAAGAUCAUGGAUGGCGAGAUGAUGCUUUUUCCGGUAGAGAACUAAAGAAAAAACACGUCCUUUUUCAUAAGGAGGACUACUUUCGUCGCUGGGAGUCUGGGAAGCCGCACCCUUAUUGGACGGACACUGUGCAGUACCUCAACCUCGUCUUGUGAUUUUUGAGAUAAUUACAAGCUUUGAAUAGGAAGCUGGUAACUAGGGAGAAAGAACUAUGAUCCACUUUCUUUGGGUGAUUCGGUAAAUGUUGCUUGCGAUUUUCUUCACGACAGGUUUGUAAUUCCGCUUUCAGAGGACGGGAGCUGGGCAUGGAGUUUUUCAAUACCUGGUCUGAAUGGCUACGUGAUGAAUUUUCUUUACUCCUGUGCGGUGCUUUUCUACAUGUAUUAUACCUUAAGGCCACUGCUGGAGAUUCUGGUGAAGAGGGUGCAAGAACCACACGACGUAGAUGUCAUAAUGAAGAUCGCCAGGAACGCCUUACCUCAUGCGUAGAAAAGGCGCGUAAGUUGUAACUUUUGGGCACACGUCACGACCAUUGCUGAAGAUGUAGAGUAGUAAUGAUUGAGUGAGUGGUGGAGUUGCAAGUAGUUCAUCGUUCUGUUCGUUGUUCUUGUUGUGGGCUGUUAUUCAUGUUUCCGACGUCUCAAGCUAAGCCUCAUCAUUCUCUAACUGUGGACGACAUGUUUUACGGAACUAUGGCGAUGCUGGCGAGCCUGUCGAUCUUUCCUCACCUCGAGCCCGAACCCAGUGACGCUGAGAGAAAGAAGGCGUGGGAUGCUUUUUAUAAAGAGGAAGCAUUUCGGAAAGCGGAGGAGGAAGCUGAACAACGUUAUCAAGCUGCGAACGCAGCAGAGGCCGAGGCUUCUGCUUCACCAGUUAUGUUCUUCGGGUGCGGGUUGCUUUUGUUGAUUUGAUAAUGUCUAUUGACUAUCAUUUCUUUUACCGGGCUUGCUGUAGGAUGCGUGCUGAUAAAUAUUACUUUGAUGAUGUUGAUGUUCUUGUUUUCUUCCUUACUUGUUACGACCACUAAUUUUUACUCCGGCGUGGCCAAAUUUCCCGCCGAAGCACCGAAAGAAGAUGGUGGCUCUGCACGCAACCGAGCCAAGCCAAUCGGAGUCGAACCGGCUGACCUCGACUGAAGAACCUCCCUAUCUAUGCAUACAUGUGGAUGCUGUGAGUGUCCAUUUGCUGCAUUUGUAGCCUAAUUGGAGCGCGAUGUCUUUUUCCUCCACAGCGUGUGCCUGAUGCGCUAGUUUUGCAUUUUCGCUGAAUCAAUUGGCCUUUGCAGUGGUGUAUGUAAGUGGUGCCUAGUGAGCCUAGGUUUAUCCCAACACACAAUAUAUAAGUGGUACCACUUCAUCGGUUAUUAGCCUUAUUAAUGCUCUAAGUAACUAAAAAACUUCGCCGGAAAAAAAUCCCUCCUCCAAUCAACUUCCACUCGCCUCCAAUCAAAAACUUAGUGCAGCUGUUAGUUUACCUAACUACCUACAAUCUAGACCCUCUAUCGAUAUAAGUGGUGCCUAGAGAUCAAAUUAGUCGGAAGGGAAAGUGUGAACAAGCGAUGCUUUUUAGUAAAAAGUCCAGUGAUGAUGAUGAUGAUGAUGAUGAUGCAGUUCUUUUCUUACAUAAUGGGUUAAAAUGUUUGUGCAGCCUGCAUAUGCUUACUCGCUUGAAAAAAUUGUGCUCCGAAGAAGGAUAU